AUGCUGUGGUUCCAAGACAGGAGGGAGCCUCCCGGGAGUAGAAGUGACCUGGGUGAUCGCUGGCGGUGCUUGUUCCAGGACGACCUGCAUGCCACGAUGGGCUACUUCAGUGACAGCCAAGGACCACAUGAAAUUUUGAAAGUGUUCAGUAAGGUGCGAAACACCGUUCACAGCCCACCAGAGGGCGCCAUCAAGGACCUGCGGGCGGGCCCCAGGGUGAGUGCGGUGGAGCCGCAGCCAGAGCCCGGCCGGAGCCUGAACCUGAGCCAGGUCGGGGUCGCAGCUGCCGCGGCCCUGGGGGUACUGAGCGCUCUCCCGCCCGGACCCCGGCGAGGGACGCGUCCUACGGUCGGCCGGCGGCCGGCGUUGGCACGAGGCCCCUGCCCCACAGCUGAAGACGGACUCCACCGGGACCGGCACCCUGGGGCAGCGCGUGAGGCUGCGGAUCAGGCGGCCGCCGAGUUCCGGGAGUGCGCGGGACCGGUGGUCGCCGCCGCCACCACCGCUGCUUCUGCUGCUGCUGUUAGGACUGGUGCGGGAGGGCGCAGCAGGUGUCUGCAACAACUGUCAUGUGAUUCGAAAACAUCUGUGGCUUCUAUCAGAGACCAAAGCACAGGUUCUGCUAAUCCUGCUGAGCUUUGUUGCCUCCAUUCAGCAUGGGAGAAAGGCCAAACUUCAGCUAGAGAGAGUCCCUGGGUGUUGCCCUUGGUGGCCGAUAGCCCGGCGGCCAGGGCAAAGGUGGUGAUGGCAGAAUUGGCACACCUGAAUUUGGAAAAGAAGCCAUGGCCUACAAGGACACACUCGCUCCACUACUACUACCUGACCCUAUCAGAGCCAGGCCCAAGCCUCCCUAAGUUUCUGGCUGUAGGCUACGUAGACGACCAGCCCUUCAUCCGGUAUGACAGUCGUGUGGGCAAGGCCGAGCCCCAAGCCCCAUGGAUGACGCCAAUGGAUGCCCAGUACUGGGAGACGGAGACCAAGAAGCAGGAGAAAUGGGCGGAGGUGCAGCAGGUGGAGAUGUGGACGGUGAUGGGCUACCACAACCACAGCAGCGGCAUGCACAGCGCUCAGCGCAUGUUCGGCUGUGAGAUCCAGGAAGAUGGCCGCUACAGGGCCUUCUGGCAGUUUGGCUACGAUGGGCAGGACCACCUGUCGCUGGACCUGGAAACCCUGAGCUGGGUGUCAGCUGAGCCCAUAGCCAUGCGGACCAAGCACUGGUGGGAGACAGAGCGCUGCUACGCAGAGUACGACAAGGCCUACCUGGAAGGCCCCUGCCUUGCCUCCCUACACAGAUACCUGGAGCUGGGAGGCCAGAGACUGAGCCGGAGAGAGCCACCCACAGUGCGGAUAACAAAGCACUCGGCCAAGGAUGGGGGCACCACCCUGAGGUGCUGGGCCCUGGGCUUCUAUCCGCGCAACAUCUUGCUGAGCUGGUGGCUGGGGGAGAAGGAGCUGGACUCCAAGCAUGCGGAGACACGCCCCAGUGGGGACGGCACCUAUCAGACGUGGGCGGCUGUGUGGGUGCCGGCGGGGGAGAAGGCCCAGUACACCUGCCACGUGCAGCACUCCAGCCUGAACCGCACGUUCACUGUGUCCUGGGAGUCCUCUCAUCCUGGACUUACUGCCAUGGUUAUCUCCCUCAUCCUGGUCUUGCUGGUGGUGGUUGGUGUGAUCUUGACCAGGUGCAUUCAAGCCAGGAAUAAGGAAUCUUACAAGCAAGCCCCAGGUGGAGAGGACCCCCAUAAUUCCCAAAGCCCAGCAAGAGCAGGGGCUACUCAACUCAUCUGCUGACAGAAGGUCACCGUCACAGAUCAAGGGGGUGUUUUGUGGGGUGUUUGGGGACCUGAAG